AUGCUUAGGGAAAUCAGAGCUGUUGUGCCUCACGACAGUAUUCUGCAUCCUAUACUACAUGUGCUUUAUAUAAGUGAUUUACCAGAUUUAGAGGACGUAGCUGUGACAACAUUUGCGGAAUACAUCAAUAUUGGCAGUAGGAUACAUUUGUCAGUUGAAUUUCAGUCGUGCAACAUGAAAGAAAUAACAUUUUGGAUUUUAUUAACAACAUUGUCGCUUAAUUUUCAUAAUGGUCAUUCAAUUGGCUCAUUAGGAUCGGCUCUUUCGAAUAUAUUUCAUUUAUCAAAUCCUUUGAAUCUAUUAUCAUCAAGUACAGGAAAUAAUGGAAAUGGAAACUCUGGUAGCGAUGAUGGUGCUGAUCCAGAAAAAGUAUAUCCAUACGUUGAAUUUAUACACAAUCAUAAUUACGGAAUUAAACUUGGAAGAUCAUUUGCACUCGGAAAUUUUCCAAAUAGACCUGGAAAUGGAGGUAAUAAAACUAAUGAUGAUAUAAUUGGAAGUGGUACUGGUCAAUUUUUUAAUGGUCGUCGAACUGUCACAACUGGAAAUAAUCAAAGAGAUGGUGAUGAUGAUGACAAUGUUGAUUCAAUAAACGAUGGAUCAUUUGUAAAUAGAGGAAGACAAGGUAGUCAAAGUCAAUUGAGUGCCUCUGCACUUCAACCGAAUAGAAAUAAUAAUGGAAACAAUGGAUAUAAUUAUAGACCUAAUAAUGGAAAUAAUGGAUAUAAUUAUAGACCUAAUAAUAACGUGAACAAUGGAUAUAACUAUGCACCAAAUAACAAUGGUAACAAUGGGUAUAAUUAUAGCCCUAAUGAAAUUCCACAACAAAUCAAUAAUCAGCCUAAUGGUAAUAUUGCUGGUAAUGGAUUUAGCUAUCCAAAUAAUGCCGGUCCUCAACUACAAGUUGGAUACAACUACAAUCCACCAUCUUCUAAUAUAGAUAUUAGACAAAAUAAUCCACCUUUUAAUGGAGCAAUUAGUAAUGGACAAUCUAGUAAUGGUUUUAAUAACGAUAAUAUUAAUCCAAAUAUACAAGUUACUCUUGAAAUAAAUAAUAACGGUAACAUUCGGAAUUUCGGUAAUACUAAUAAUAAUUCAAAUCGUGGCCAAAAUUUUAGACCAAGCAAUGCUGUUAGUAAUGGUAACAGUGGCAGCACUGUUAAUAAUGCAAACAAUAACGCAAAUCAAAAUGGUUUAAAUUUUAAUGACGUUCCUCAAAAAUUCCAUAACACCCGUAGAAGUACUCGAAAUGAUAAUUCCAAUACUUAUACAAGCAACAUUGAAAAUGCACCAGCAAUCGAUCAAUUUACAUCAAAUUCUUUAUUAUUAGCUGAUAAAAAAAGACCAUUCGAUGUAAAUGAAUCAUCACAAAAUCAAAUUUUAUCUAGUGGCAAUAAUUCUAAAAAUAGAGUUGGAAAUAAUGAUAUACCAUUGAAUGUAAAAUUUACGAAAAAUAUUAAAAAACCAAUUACAACAACAUUAAAACCAACGACAAGAUUUUAUCCAAUACCAGUUGACACAGGUUUUCUAAAAGGAUCAGGUGAUGAUAUCCGUAGUGAUCCUAAUUUAACAAAUAAAAAUUUGGCUACAGCACACCGUGACAUUGUUAUACGAUGUCCAUCCGGAACAAAUUGUGUAAUAUACGCUCUCUCUAAAAGUGGUGUCUUAUGA